CCCUCUUCCAGGCUGUGGCCAUGGCCACCUUCACUCGCGAGGAGUUCUACCAGCAGCUGCUGAGUGGCUGUGUGCUGCCCACGGCUCAGCAAGGCUUUGAACAGGUCUGGACCCUUCUGCUUUUGUGCCUGGCGUGCCGAGUCCUCUGGAGGUUGGCUCUGCCGUCUUACGCCAAACACCUCAGCACCGUGGCCGGCGGCUUCUAUGCCCUCUACCACUUCUUCCAGCUGCAGAUGGUGUGGGUCGUGCUCCUCAGCCUCCUGUGCUACCUGGUCCUGUUCCUCUGCCGCCACUCCACCCAGCGGGGCGUCCUGCUCUCCAUCACUAUCCUGAUCUAUUUGCUUAUGGGAGAGAUGCACAUGGUAGACACAGUGACCUGGCAUAAGAUGAGAGGAGCCCAGAUGAUUGUAGCCAUGAAGGCGGUGUCACUGGGCUUUGAUCUGGACCGGGGUGAGGUACCGUCCAUCCCUUCCCCCGUGGAAUUCAUGGGUUACAUCUAUUUCGUUGGAACGGUCAUCUUUGGACCCUGGUUCCGUUUCCGCACCUACCUGCAGGCCGUGGAGAGCAGGAAAAUGAGCUUCUCCUGGUUCCACAAGGUCUGCCGGAGCGGCUUCCUCAGCCUCGUCUGUCUCAUCAUGUCCACUUGUGUGGCCCCCUAUCUCUUCUCUUACUUCAUCCCUCUCUACAGCUACAAGCUGCUCAGAAAGUGGCUCCGGGCCUAUGAAAGCGCCAGCUCCUUCCACUUCAGCAACUACUUUGUGGGCUUCCUGUCUGAAACGACGGCCACGUUGGCGGGAGCGGGCUUCACAGAGGAAAAAGACCACUUGCGAUGGGAUCUGACAGUCUCUCGCCCCCUGAAUGUGGAACUGCCCCGUUCUAUGGUGGAAGUGGUCACCAGCUGGAACCUGCCCAUGUCCCAUUGGCUGAAUACCUAUGUUUUUAAGAACUCCCUGAAACUGGGUACCUUCUCGGCAAUCAUUGUAACCUACGCUGCCAGCGCCCUCUUACACGGGCUGAGUUUCCACCUGGCUGCUGUGCUGUUAUCUCUUGGCUUCAUCACUUACAUUGAACAUGUUCUUCGGAAACGGUUGUCGGUCAUAUUUAACGCCUGCAUCCUCUCCAAGAAGUGCCAUCCCGGGUGUUCGCAUCGCCACAACACGGCUCUUUGGCUCCGCCUCCUCAAUCUGCUCUUUGGGGCGCUGGCAGUCUUUCACCUGGCCUACCUCGGGUCGUUAUUUGACAUGGACGCCGAUGACUCUGUGGAAGAGCAGGGUUACGGCAUGUCUUAUACUAUCCACAAGUGGUCCGAGCUGAGCUGGGCCAGCCACUGGGUCACCUUUGGGUGCUGGGUCUUCUACCGGCUCAUCAGCUGAAUUGCGGCCUCUGGGUGGACUUGAGGCGAUGGAGCAGGAGGACAACAGGAGGGGUGGAGCUCAGGAACCGUCUUUCCCUCACAGACAACUUGAUGCCGUUGAGGACUUCAGCCUUCCAGACGCUGCCCGAUCCCUUUCUCUAGAGGAACCUUAUUCAGGGGAAGGGGCCUGUAGCUGGGGUGACCUUUGGUGAAUCCUGACCCAUAGCCCUCAAAAAGGAAGUAAAUUAGGUCAAACAAAGGACUGCUGAGAGAGAGAGAGAUCGAAGUGCGCUGAGGUAAAAACAUUCUCUUUCCUAUCCACAAGAUGGCUGCCUGGGAAAAAAGCAGCUUGUACCCCUUCAGAAAUGUUUGGGGGUUCUCUCUAGUACCCAUCUAUGGCAACUGCACCAGCUGUUCUCCCCCCCCCCCCACAACCUCUGGUCAUUGUGUGAUUAGAUCAGUUGCCCCCUCUGAAAACGAUGCAUGCUCUCUCCUUCCCUCUCACUCAUUCUGGGGCCUACACCUCCCGCGGUCCUGGCACCUCUUGUUUUUGCCGGCACUGUUGACUCUUACGCCAUAACACUCCGAUGAUCAGCCAGCUGGAAUGUUUGUGUUGAAUUUUUUUAAUUAUUAUUAUUAUUUUUCAGAUGUGGGUUUGAAAAUAUCCCCUUUCCUGCUUGGAAGGCAGGGCGCGGCACUAGCUCCGCCGCCCAGCCAUCCAGCAUGCAAAAUAAAAGGAUGCAAAAUGGAA